AGAACUCUGAUUAUGGCACCAUCAGGAAGAAAAACAACAGGGAAAACAGCCAAACCAGCACAGGAGGAUCCAGUUGUGCAUGCCUACCACUUUGACGAAAAUCAAAAAAAACAUCUGAGUGGCUCAGAAGAGGACAUUAGAGAAGAUGAAACUCCAAUCAUUGAUAAACAUGGGAAAAAAAGAUCUGCAGCAACUCCUCAUACUGUAGUUGAAGAUGUUGGGGGAGAAGUACAGAAUAUGUUGGAACGAUUUGGAGCGGAUAUUAACAAGGCACUUCUAGCUAAGAGGAAAAGAUUAGAAAUGUACACUAAAGCCUCUCUCAAAGCAAGUAAUCAGAAAAUAGAAUGUGUUUGGAAAACACAACAAGAGCAAAGGCAGAAGAUUAACCAUGAAUACUCCCAACAGUUCCUACAUGUAUUUCAACAGUGGGAUGCUGACCUACAGAAAGCAGAGGAACAGGAAGAAAAACUAGCGAACAUAUUUCGGCAACAGCAAAAGGUAUUCCAACAAGCAAGAAUAGUUCAGAGUCAGAGACUGAAAACCAUUAAGCAGCUGUAUGAACAAUUCUUGAAGAGUAUGGAAGACAUGGAGAAGACUCACGAAAGCCUUUUAACAGGAGCACAAAAUGAACUUCGCAAAGAAAUGGCCAUGUUGCAAAAGAAAAUUAUGAUGGACACUGUAAGUGUUAACACUGAUUUAUGA